GUAGUACCUAUCUACAUUUUUGCAUUUUUAUUUUAGUGACGUCGCAGUAUAUUUAGAUAAUUAGUGGUUUUGUUAUCAUCCUAAAAUGACGAAAAAUGACAUAUUUAAAUAGUUUGUGAGCAAAUCAACUACGCAGUGAUUAUUGUUUUUGCCAUCGUCGCGACAUCGUCUUACUAGUUAUCUCCGUAGCAUAAUUGCGCAAAUAAAUUUUCAAAUUUAGAUUGUCAGCAUAAUCCUGAAAAAUGGUGGUCGCUCAAAAAUACGUGGUCAAGAAAUACUUUCAAGGUGAGCCGAAGAUCAGUGACUAUGAGAUCGUGAAGGAGACACUUCCUCCUCUGAAAGACGGUGAGAUCCUAAUCAAGGCCGAAUGGAUCAGCAUCGACCCCUAUCAACGUGCCUACAACUCUACUCUUCCUCUUCCGUACGACCAAUUCAGCUUUCAAGUCGGAGUCGUCCAAGAAUCUAAGGAUCCGAAUCACCCUGUUGGGUCACGAGUGGUCACGCACCAAGGAUGGUGUGACUACAGUAUAAUAAAUAUGAGCGAGCCCAUCCUUGGGAAAGAACACAGAAAGUAUGCGCUCCCAGAUUUACAAGGGCUGUCGCCUUCCUUAGCUCUGGGAGCCGUAGGCAUGCCGGGCGCCACGGCAUAUCUUUCUUUCUUGGAAAUUGGCAAACCCAAACCUGGAGACGUCGUUGCUAUAACCGGAGCCGCAGGAGCGGUGGGAUCUCUAGUCGGACAAAUUGCCAAAAUCAAAGGCUGCAAAGUGAUAGGAUUUGCUGGAUCCGACCGCAAAGUGGAGUGGCUAAAGAAAGACCUAGGAUUUGACAGUGCUUAUAAUUAUAAAACCGUCAAUAUUGCAAAUGCUCUUCGUGAAGCGGCACCAGAUGGUGUUGACAUAUAUUUCGACAACGUCGGUGGUGAAAUUAGUAGCACGAUUAUGUACCACAUGAAGACUGGUGGAAGGGUGGUGAUCGUUGGAAGUAUAAGUUCUUAUUUUGCCCCGCCUGAUGCGUUACCGAAAGUAACACUGGUGCAACCUGCCAUUUUGUUCAAGUCGCUGAAAUUAGAAGGAUUUUUAAUCUGGGACUGGUAUGAUAGUUGGCACGGGGCGUUUGUGGAGCUGGUCAAGUUAAUAAAGAGCGGAAAGCUGAAGACACCAGAACACAUUACAGAGGGAUAUGACAAGGUAUUCGACGCUUUUAUCGGAAUGCUUAAUGGAGAGAAUAUUGGAAAAGCUAUUGUUAAAGUAUAAAUUUGAAAUAAAAUGGUAAUAAAAAAAAAAAUACAUACAUAAAUACAUGGUUACAUCAGUAAUAGAUACAACAGAACUUUUUAUGUAGUUUAUCGUCAAAGAAACUUAUUAACGUAAUUCCUUUUUAUAUUUUUGAAUAUUAAGACCUUGCAUAUAUAAAUCCAUGAGCAUCAGGUUCAAAUCCUACCUUGGCCAUGUUAAAACUAAGAUUGUGCGCUAACCAAUGAACCACCCGGAAAUACCUACAUUAAAAAAAAUCUCAUUGAGACAAAACAAAAAUAAAUUCGUAAGUACAAAUAAAUCUUUACCUCAGAACUCUCCUUUAUAUAAUCUGAGAUCUUACUCUACGCGUAGAACAAUUUCUUAUCCGAUUGGCUGAGCUGAUAUAUAUAUGCCGAUAACCCAACAAUUUGUAGAUAGUACAGUAAAUAAUGAUAUUUUGUGCAUCCUAACAUUAGUAUAAUAAAAUUGUAACUGAUCGAUGUCUGUACUUAGCAAAAAAAAUUAAAUGGGUGAUCUGUUUAUUAAUAACUAGAAGUAAAAAAACGAUUUUUUUGUAUUUCUGUCUGUAAAGUUUUGCUCAGAACUUGAGAACUAGCUUGAGAACUAUUGCUCUUGUUUGAAUGUGUUUGGCGUUAUCUGACUUAAAUACUUACAUAAUAUCACGUACCUAUCCCUUGCCUAUAUAUUAAUGACAGAGCCAACAGUCUUGAGAAUACUGAAAGGCCACGUUCAGCUGUUCUAUUAUAAAGAUAAUAGAAUUGAGAUUCAAAUAGUGACAGGUAGCUAACCCAGCGCCUACAAGAAGAAUCCCAAAGUUUAUUUGCAUAUCCCUUAAUCGCCUUUACGACAUCCAUGGGAGAGAUAUGGAGUGGUCCUAUUAUGUAGUUCCAUAACACAACAAAAAAUAUCUCCCUGGGAAGGAGUACUCGUACAGGGGGUCGCCUUUUUUGUUUUAUGGCGAAAGAAGUCGUGUGCAACAGCUCGUUAUAGAUUUAAUAGGUAUACUUACCUUUCCCACCUUACGUGUUAUUGGGAUUCAUGACGAAUUGCACAAUAUUAUGAAACACAAAAAUUUCAAGGCAGCAGAAAUAAUUUUGUCAAAUCUUUUUACAGUAUGUAAAUCAUCUUAGUUGCAUGAUCAAACCCCUAAAUUCAUUGGUUGUAUUUGAAAUAAGAAAUCUAAAGUUACACCACAAAAAAAUAUCAAUUUUAUAAUCAUAAAUGACUCACUUGAAAUAGGUAUUUAGAUAAUAUGAAACAUUCAUCGUCAUUAAAAAAAAUAUCAGCAAAACACAACUACCUACUAACUGAGAUUUAGCUUUUGUCCGGAACUUUGAUUCGGUGGGAAUUAAAAAAAAUGCCGAAUUAUCUUCAUUAUAAUAACAAAAUAGCGGUUGAGCUAUUAAAACGUGACAGCUGAUUAAUACAGCACAGAAUACAAACUAAAAAAAAGUUCUUACAUGGAACAAAAUAGUUUUUUUUUAUAGCUGCUUUGUUUAAGGUCGGGAGAAACUAGUCCGACAAAUUCUUACGCAAAUAAUUUAAUAGUGACUGUUAAUGAAAAUGAAAUUAUUGUUAGAUUAUAAAAAUUAAGGUAUAUUAACAAAAAAAGUAUUAUGUUGCAAAAAUUUUAGAUCUAUCAAGUUCCCUAAACUAUUUUUAUAAAAAAAAAACAUUUCGUAUCACCCGCCAUAUGGCGACGCAGAACAUUGACCGUGACCGCACAGAGCCAGUUACAAGGUCACAACGUGCCGUUUCCCUACGGCCUGUGUUUUGUUCUGUGAUUGACACCACUGUUGACUCACACAAUUAUCAUAUCACUGACCAUUACACUGCAUUUUUAGUCGAAUAUCUUAUCCGAUAUCAAUAAAAAUACCAUAAUCCUAUUUAAUGGAAUGUAUGAGCAAACGUCUAUUGAGAAUGUACAUUUCUAAACGUGUGUGAUGUUAUGUAUAAACAACGCCGGCCGGAUAAACUGGUAUUUUUAUAGCGUCGACUGCCAGUCAUCUUCACGUCACGAACAUUUGAACAUUUGGUGCUAAAAGG